AGUCCCCUGCUGUGAGGCAGCAGUGGGAACAGCUUACGGGAAGCCCUGCCCCUAACGGCCACUCCAGCCAGGGAUGACCAAGGGCUCUGGCUGGAUGUGGAGGCCUGGCAGGCUGUGUGGCCUGAGCGUGAGGACACAGUCUGUCUCUGGGCCUCGGUUUCUCUGCUGUGCCGGGAGGUGGGCAGACACCUGAGACAGGUGGCGCCCACCUGGGAAGGCGGGGAGGACAUGUGGGGGCCGUGCAGGACCAGAGGAGUCCUGCCCUCAGCCCCUUCCCCCUGUGGACCUGCUCAGCCUGGUUCUCCUACCCAGGAAGCCCUCAGUGGGUCCUUACUCCCCCAGCUCCUGAGGCUGGGGAGGACAGAACCCAGGCUCCUGUCCCAAGUGGAGGAGGCACUGCCGGCCUGGCAACAGCAGGAUGGACACAGGCAAACAACCCCGCAGCUGGGAGGGGCGGAGCUGCAGUGGGGCAGAGCCCAGACAGGGCAGCCCUUUCUCCAGAGGCUCAUGGCUGCAUCUCCAGGAUGGCAGGUCACAGGGGUAGACGGUGCAGUGGGCGCUGGGUGCCCAGGGCUGGACGCACAGCCUGUCUGCACUCCUCAUGUGGCGUCUUUCAGUCAUGGGUGUUUGGUGCUCCGGAGUCUGCCUGUCUGAAGCUGAGACCCCCCUUCUGGUCACCUCGAGCCCCUCCCAGGCCAGGCUGCAGCUGACCAGGGACAUGAACCUGGGUCCUGAGUGACACCAGCUUGGAUCUGGGCUCCCUCUGUCUCUUCAGCCCCACCUGGAUGUGGAGGCUGAGCUGCUGCCUGGGCAGCCUUGCCUGACCCUGGGAAGGGAGCCAGGUGGUCCAAGCACUGCUUUCCCUUCCUUGCCAGGAACUGGUGAGCGGCGUGGCAGUUCCUGGCAGCCUGGGUGCAGCAGGCACCAAGUUCUCAGGCAUGUUGACAUGCGGUAACAGUGGGCGCCGGCAGGAGCGGCCGUGGGACCGGCUAGCAGUGAGGGAGUUAACUGCAGCAGCUGGCUCCUUUUGGCAAGAAAAACUUCCCCUGGAUGCUGGGCUGCUGGCCUCCCGCCAGGACCAAGCAGCGGCUGAAAACUGGAAGUUGAGGCGUGAGCAGCUCUGCCUCUGGAGUGAACGCUUGCAGAGCACAACAGCCGCCAGCCACCAGCCGCCUGCUGUCUGUCCGCUGCCCGCUAUUUAGACCUGUCUGUGUGUCCCCCCAUCUGUGACCCUGUCUCUGUCUGACCAUCCUUCACGUACUAUCCUCUCUGUCCAUCUGCUUGUCUGUCUCUGGCUCCACUUGUCAUCUGUCCAGUCAUCUGUGAGUCCACCUGUGCAUCCUCUUGUCCAUCCAUCUGUCCAUCCGUCUAGCGUCUGUCUGCCCACCGGCCGCCCCUCUGCCCCUGGUGGCAGAGCCAUGGCCUGGGGCCGCAGGACCACAGUCUGCCUGGCCUUGCUGGGGCUGGGACUGGCGCUGGCUGUCAUCAUGCCAGCUGUGCUCCUCUCUCACCGCCAGGCCCGCUGCGGCCCCCCAGCCUUUGCCCACGCUGCUGUGGCCGCUGACUCCAAGGUCUGCUCGGACAUUGGACGAGCCAUCCUCCAGCAGCGGGGCUCAGCCGUGGACGCCGCCAUCGCGGCUCUGGUCUGCACUGGCGUCGUCAACCCUCAGAGCAUGGGCCUGGGCGGAGGGGUCAUCUUCACUAUCUACAAUGCAACGACAGGGAAGGUGGAUGUCAUCAAUGCCCGGGAGACGGUGCCGGCCAGACCCUCCCCAGGCCUGCUGGGCCACUGCGCCAUGGCCCAGCCACUGGGCACAGGGGCCCAGUGGAUCGGGGUGCCCGGGGAGCUCCGCGGCUACGCCGAGGCCCACCGCCGCCACGGCCGCCUGCCCUGGGCGCAGCUGUUCCAGCCCACCAUCGCGCUGCUCCGAGGGGGCCACCGGGUGCCCCCCGUUCUCAGCCAGUUCCUGAACCACAGCAUCCUGCGGCCUGCCUUGCAAGCGUCCAGCCUGAGGCAGCUCUUCUUCAACCGGACAGAGCCCCUGAGGCCUCAGGACCCACUCCCGUGGCCUGCGCUGGCCGCCACCCUGGAGACGGUGGCCAUGGAGGGUGCGGAAGCCUUCUACACAGGGAGGCUGGGCCGCAUGCUGCUGGAGGACGUGGCCCAGGAAGGGAGCUUUCUGACCCUGCAGGACCUGGCCGAGUUCCAGCCUGAAGUGGUGGAUGCGCUGCAGGUGACCCUGGGGGACUACACGCUGUACUCGCCGCCACCGCCUGCAGGGGGCGCCCUUCUCAGCUUCGUCCUCCGUGUGCUGAGAGGGUUCAACUUCUCAGCAGAGUCGGUGGCCAGCCCCGAGGGGAGCGUGGACAUGUACCACCACCUCGUGGAGACGCUCAAGUUUGCCGAGGGGCAGAGGUGGCGGCUGUGGGACCCUCGCAGCCACCUGGAGGUCCAGAACGCCUCCCGAGACCUGCUGGAGGAGGCUUUUGCUCAGCACGUCCGCCAGCAGAUCGAUGGCCGUGGGGACCACCAGCCCAGCCACUACCACCUGGCCGGGCCCUGGGGCCACAGGAUGGGCACGGCCCAUGUGUCUGUGCUGGCGGAGGACGGCAGCGCUGUGGCAGCCACCAGCACCAUCAACACGCCCUUUGGCGCAAUGGUGUACUCACCGCAGACCGGCAUCCUCCUCAACAACGAGCUCCUCGACUUGUGCUGGAGACGCCGCCCGGGCUCUGGCGCCGCCCCCCAACCUGUUCCAGGUGAACGGCCCCCGUCGUCCAUGGUCCCCUCCAUCUUGAUUAAUGAAGCCCAGGGGUCGAAGCUGGUGAUUGGUGGGGCUGGUGGGGAGCUCAUCAUCUCUGCCGUGGCCCAGGCCAUCGUGAACAAGCUGUGGCUUGGCUUUGACCUGAGCACGGCCGUGGCAGCCCCCAUCCUGCACGUCGGCAGCGAGGGCCAUGUGUCGUACGAGCCCAACUUCAGCCAGGAGGUGCAGAGGGGGCUCCGAGAACGCGGCCAGAGCCGGGCCCCGAGGCCCCACUUCCUGAACGUGGUGCAGGCCGUGUCCCAGGAGGGUGGCUGCGUCUACGCCGCAUCUGACGCGAGGAAGCGUGGGGAGGCCGCGGGCUACUGAAACAGCAAUCUGCCCAGAGCUGGGACCGGCUCGAGAUCUGUCCUGCGCCCAGGCGGGAUGUGGCCAGGGCACCAAGCUCUCCGGUCCAGCUGGGACCGAAAGAGGCGGGGACCAGCCUCAAAGACGGAGGACGACGGGGGCUGAGCCUCACACCCAACCCCCUCCCCGGGCCCCUUGUGGCCCUGCCCACCCCCCCCCGUCCCUCCGCAGGCCUCUGGCCAGGCCACUCGCCCACCCUCCCGACAUGUGGAUCCCCCAGC